AUGCGGGCGGCGGGUCCGGCUCUGCUCCCGGUCCCGCACGGCGGCUCCGCUGGCAGCGCCGCCCGCCCUCCGCGGGUUCCCCGGGGCCGCCGCCGGGUGCGGCCGUCCUUCGUGGAUGAGUCGCUGUUCGGCCGCCCCGCCGGGGCCCGCCCGCCGCCGCCCGCCUUCCCACCGCCCUGGGCGGCUCCCUCAGCGGGCGGCUCCCGGCCCGGCGCUCAGUGCAGGUCCCGAAGCCACGCUCCGUCCUUCUGUGACGAGUCCCUGUUUGGUGCCAAGCCGCAGGGUCCUGCCUGGGCAGCUCCGCGGAUGAGGAAGGAGGAUGUGGCCAAGCUCCACUCGCUGCUCUGGAGCCCCCCGCCUGCCCCCCGAAGCCAGCCGGGCCUUUCCCCGCGCUGCACGGGCACUCCCCUGCGAGCCGUCCACCCGCCGGCCUCUGCCCCUCCGGCCGCACCCGAGCCCGGCCGCACCGAGGGGUUGUGCGGCUGGAGGCAGCCCAGGAGCGAUGCCUGCUCCAGAGGCUGGGGUGCUCCUGGCAGAGGCCGUUCCCAGUCUGCCAGCCGGCUGAGCACCGCCCCGGACAGGAUUCGCCUGGCUUCCAACCUCGGCACGGAAAGGUGGAAGAACCAGAGCGCUCCCACCACCCCUGCUGCCCCCCAGCGCCCUCAGGUGAGGGGUCGGUCCAACAGCGUGUCCGGAUCUCCUGUGCUCCACAAUGCCAAGGCAGCAGGUGGCUCCAGAGCCAGACCCCCCUGGAAGUGA